AUGGCGGUUAGCUUUGCAACCUCAUCCCACCCAUUGAUUACCCCUCCCCCUACGUCUCUGCCUCGCCCUCGUAGGCAUUUGUGCAAGAAGUCGCGUCCACAAGAUUUCGACCCCAAUGCUGCGAAUUCCUAUUCUGGCGAUUCGUCGGGAUUGUGCUCAUACACUCCCUUCAGCUGUGUCGAUGAAGAUCAAGAUCAACCGUUAUUCGAUGAUAUUCCUGAGGAGCGUGUAUUGGGUACCAUCACUCCAUUACCGGUGCGAAUAAAGUCUCCGAGUCCCCGACUGAUGUCCAACAAUUCCCCUGCUGCUUUUCCGGUUCCAACGCCAUCAUCUCCACUGACAAAAGCCCCAUUGCUUUCCCGUAUCAGCUCCACCAGCAAAGAUUUCGCUGGAGACAUUUCUGUCAAUUCCGGUACCAGCAUCCCUUACCAACCACCUAAAACACCAGAGCCAUCUUUCUCACGAGCUCCCCAACUCAAAGCCAACACCAGAUCCCGGGCCCCAUCUCAGCAACAGCAACAGUGCAUAUCCCACGUCCCAUUUCAGGAAGCAGAGCUCAACCACUGCCGGUUUCAUGAUCUCGAAACUGGCACAUGCGUCUACAUGAACCGUAUCAAUGGCGAAACUGUCUUCGUUACUGCAGAACAUGAGGCCACUAACAGUAUUAUCGGGGUUAAUAAGCAGGGCCCAGUGUUGAGUGUGAGCGCUGAUGAGCAGACCGUCAUCCCUUACAUUCUUACCGUUCUGAACAACACCGAGCUGGCGGUCAAAUUAGCUAGCCAGGCAAAUUUACCUGGUGCUGACGAGCUGUAUGUUCAGCAGUAUCAGCAGCUUUUCGCCUCUGGCCAAUAUAGUGAAGCUGCCAAGAUUGCGGCCAAUUCACCAAGAGGCAUUCUUCGUACACCGCAAACCAUAGAGCAAUUCAAGCAAGUUCCUGUUCAACCAGGCACUCUUUCGCCCAUAUUUCAGUACUUUGGUAUUUUACUUGAGAAAGGCAAGCUUAACAAGCAUGAGUCACUUGAAUUGGCGCACCCUGUUCUUGCCCAGGGCCGUAAGCAACUGCUUGAGAAAUGGCUCAAAGAGAACAAGCUUGAAUGCACAGAAGAACUUGGCGACAUUGUUCGCUUACAUGACAUGACCCUCGCUCUCUCAGUAUAUCUUUGCACCAACGUCCCCAAUAAGGUUGUCGCAUGCUUCACCGAGACAGGCCAAUUCGACAAGAUUCUAUUGUACACAAAGUGUCAUAUCCAUUCCUGGCCAUCGACUUCCGGUCCCUCCGAUCCCUCCGGCCUACCUCCGCUCCUUCUUUACUAA